GAUGUUCCUGACGUCACCUCCCCGCGCCGCUGUAAACGUCAGUGUGGCGUGCAGACCCCGGCGCGCGGUGCCGUUUUCUCUCCAAGUUCUUGGUUACUUUUUGCAAGCCAUGGAGAGUGACUUUUAUCUGCGUUACUACGUGGGUCACAAAGGCAAGUUCGGCCACGAGUUCCUGGAGUUUGAGUUCAGACCUGACGGGAAAUUGAGAUACGCAAACAACAGCAAUUACAAAAAUGAUGUCAUGAUCAGAAAAGAGGCUUAUGUACAUAAAAGUGUGAUGGAAGAACUAAAGAGAAUAAUUGAUGACAGUGAAAUUACCAAAGAAGAUGAUGCUUUGUGGCCGCCUCCUGACCGAGUAGGCCGGCAGGAGCUUGAAAUUGUCAUUGGAGACGAACACAUUUCUUUUACAACAUCAAAGAUUGGUUCCCUUAUUGAUGUCAAUCAGUCCAAGGAUCCAGAAGGCUUACGAGUAUUUUAUUAUCUUGUCCAGGACCUGAAGUGUUUGGUCUUCAGUCUUAUUGGAUUACACUUCAAGAUUAAACCGAUCUAGAUUGCAUGUUGGUGUGGACUUGAGGGGGGUGGGAGUAGUUUUUAAUUACCAUUAUCAGGAACUUUUUAUGUAUAUCAGGGCAAUAUUUUUUUAUAAACUAUAAAUGAUCCACUUUAAUAAAUACAUGAUAAAAUCCAA